CAAAGGGAACAUCAACAGAACCGAAGGAAGUGUUGCAGCUUUGGGCAAAUGGCUAACAGGAAGAAGAAGCUGGAAUUGUCUCCGAGUCAUUCAGAUUCUUGUGACAGCAGCCCCACCGCCCCUUCCCCAGUGUCUGGCCAACAGGAGAGCUGGCACCAUGUAACCCCCUUCCCAGCCUUGCAGAAGGAGGUAGUCCAACGUAACCUGAAGGAGGAGAAAAAAGGCUUGCAAGAAGACGUCAAGGGACUCUGGGAGAGGUGCAGGGAGCUGAGAGGGGAGAUCAGGGACUUCCAAGAAGACAACAAAAUCAAAGCUUUGUGGGGAGAGAUCAAUGUUUUCAAGCGCAAGAACAAGAGUUUCUUGGAUCAGAUCAAAGACUUCUUAGAAGAGAACUGGGUUUUCAUGGAAGAGGUCAAGCUGUUUAAUACCCAAAAAUUAGAUGCCCGGGAGAAGGUGAGAAUCUUUCAACAGAAGAUAGAAACUUUCCAGGAGAAGAUCAAAGGAGCAGAGGAGGAGAUUUCCUCCUUGGAAGAAAGAAACGAAUCCUUCCGCAACGUCAUCAAGGCUCUUCAGCUGAAGAACAAGGAGGUCCAGGAAGCAAACAAGAGCAUGCGUGAGAAGAACAAAGCCCUGCAGGAAAAGAUGGAAACUGUGGAAGAGAAGAACAAGGCCUUUUGGAAGGAAUGCAAAGCCUUUUGGAAGAAAGACAAGACCUUUUGGGAAGAAGAUAUGGCCAUCUCCAGGGACAAAAUGAGCCUUUGGAAUGAAUACAUAGCUCUCCGGGACAACGACCAGGCUCUCCAAGAAGAAAAAGGCAGAAUGUGGGACAUGGUGGAAGCUCUCUGGGAUGCCAAGUAUUCCAUAUGGAAACAACUCAAUGGUUUUCCAGAAGAAGUGCCUCAUGAGCUAGGAAUUGAGGUGGUGAGGAAUGGGGCCGAUGGUGACCAUGACACUGUCCCUGAGGAAGACAAGCAAGGGUGAAAGGAUUCCAUUGGUCAGGAUGACACAAGUGAGGACAUCUCCUAGACACUGAACUCUGGCCUGCACAAAAGGGCUCCUUUGACAUUAACAGCUGAAUAAAACCUUGAUGGAACUCCA